GGGGACGAGGAGACGAGUCGGAGGAGAUCCAGAGGAGAAGAAGACAGCAGAACCCUGAGGAACCCUGAGGAACCCGGACAGCCAGACAUCUGGGUCAGCAGAGCAGGAACAUCAGUGGGAACUCGAGGCCUCAGGAGAACACAAUGGAGCACAGUGGAACCGCAGUGAGAGUGGAACUCCAGGAGAACCGGAUCGCAUUGGUCUGAGGACAGGUUCUGGAUUACUCUGUUCCUCUGUGAAACCAGAAGAAGAAACAAGGUUCCCUCCCCCCUCCCCCCCCCUCCCGCAGCCCCAUCAUGCCGAUCUUCAAGAACCUGCCGGUGCGCCUGAAAGGUGGUGGUCCGACCUUGGAGAACGCCCUGAUCCUACGCAGGAUGAGCCUCAACAUCACCCCCCAGCACAACCCCUUCCAAAACGACGAUGACGACGCCCACAGUGGCCAUGGCAACCACUGGUCGCCGGGGAGCUCGCUGCUGGACGGCGACGCGCCCAGAGACCGGAACCCGUUCGAGGACGAGGAGGACGAGAAUGAGGCCAACGAGGGCAAGAAGGGCGGCGGAGGAGGAGGCGGGUCGGCCAAGGGAUCCUUCAAGCUCAAGUCUCCCCUGAAGGGUCUGGAAAAACUCAGAAAGAACCUCCGAGUGUCGGGGCGGAGCAAAGCUGAAGGCACGCCGUCGCCACAGGGGCCGCUGCAGGGAACGCCCUCCCCCACAGUGAAGAAGAAGAAGGGCAGGAGGAGCUCCGAGGGCAGCCUGCUCAGGUUUGCGGGUAAAUACCGGGACUCUCUCGGGUCUCGUAAGGAGUCGCUGAUAAACGGCGAGCUGAACUCGUCAGAGACGGACGGAGACUCGUCCAGCAACCGUCUGUCCUUCAGGAAGAUGGUGGGGCUGGGGAAGCUGAAGAGGGAGUCCCUGGCCGACCACUCAUCCCAGGGCCCCGAGGAGCAGCUGGUGCAGGAGGAGGCGGUGCCGGAGGUGAAGCCCAGAGAGCCGCUGUCAGUCCUGGAGAUCCUGCAGCUGGUGAAGAAGCGGGACCUUCUCUUGGCCGACACCCACAUCCUGGAGCUGGAGCAGGAAUGCAACGAAUCGCUGGCGGCCGCUGAGCGCGGCACGGCGCCGCCGGCGGAGGACGGCGGGCGGCGCAAGGCCAAGGACGUGGAGCUGCUGUACGAGGAGCUGCAGAAGGAGCUGUGGGCCGUGGUCCGGGAGUCCCUCAGGACCCCCACCGCGGGGCCCAACCUGGGGCUGGUGGUGCAGGUCCUGCAGCAAGAGGAGCAGACCGACAAAGACUGGGCCGUCAGCGAGGCGGCGGCCCCCGGGGGCCCCCGGCCCCGGCGCCUGAAGCAGCGCUGGAAGGAAGCGGUGGAGGAGGCGGCCGACGGCUCCCUGCCGCAGAGGGCGGAGUUCACGGCCGGCGAGCUGGACGGGUACCUGGACCGACUCCGGGCUCGCAUGGUGGAGGACCUGGGGGCCGCCAACCGCAACGUGGUCUCCAUCUACCCCGAGGAGUACCAGCCCUUCCAGGUGUACGUGGAGAGUUACCACCAGGCGAUUGCUCGGCGCCUGACGGCCAUCACCGACCAGGAGCUGGAGAUCACAGACAUCUACUCUCUGCUGGACUGGCUGCACAACAUCUACAACAGAGACGUCCUGGGCACGGUGUGUAUCACCAGUCCCUUCAGCCGCUCUCUGCUGAGUCCUCUGUUGUCUGCGGAGACGGUGGACCGUCUGGAGCUGGACUGUCUCAACUCAGUGAGGGCCAAAGUGACCACGGAGCUGAGCCAGGUCCUGGACGACGAGGAGAAGCGCUGGAUGGAGACGCUGCACAUCGAGGAGUUCCAGAUCAGCCUGGCCAAGACCGUCAUCCAGAGGCUGCAGGUGGAUCUGGAACGCUCGGCCUCCAUCAACAGGAGUUUGGGUUCUCGAGUGGCUCAGUGCAGCUUGAACGGGCUGGCAGACUUCCUGUACAGCUUCCAGCGGAAGGCGGAGAUGUUCCACGAGGCGAUGCAGAGCGGCAUGCUGGGAGACAACGAGGACGGAUACGUGUCCAAAACCAUCGCGCUGGUCAACUGCUGCCCUCCCUUCAGGGGUUUUGUGCAGCGCUGUGCUCAGUGUGACCCAUCGGUCAGUGAAGAUUCUCUUCGUCGCGCCAACAAGUGUUUGGACAAUAUCGUCCAGCAGGGAGUCCGAGUCCUGUCAGACCGCCUGUACCUGCACAUCAGGCCGUUCUUCGAGCGCCUGGUGAAGAGGAAGUGGCUGAGCAACACCGAGCCGUACGAGCAGAUCGAGGCCACCGUCAAGGAGGACUUCAAGAAAUACCGGCGGAUGGACAGCCCGCCCUACCAGCUGCUGGUGGGCGAGGUACACCGCCGCGUGGUCAUGGAGUACCUCCGCUCCGUCAUGAGGGGGCGCAUCAUCUGCACCUCGCUCAAGAUGAGGAAGAGGAUGGCGGGACGGCUGAGAGACGAAGGCCGGCAGAUCAGGGUGCUCUUCAAAGACCUGGAGUCUCCGUCCAGCUGGUUGGACGGCGCUCUGUCUCACAUCUCGGAGAUCCUCCAGCUGGAGGACGUCCCGUCCAUCCAGAUGGAGGUGGCGGUUCUGGUGCGGGAGUUCCCAGACGUCCGGAAGAAGCAUGUGUCGGCCAUCUUGAACAUCCGCGGGAUGACCCGGCAGGCAGAGCGUCAGGAGAUCCUGAACAUCGUCAAAGACAUCGAGAGCAGCGACGGCGGCGGCAGCGCCGCUGCGCUGAGCCGCGACCGCGCCCUGUUCGCCGAGGUGCCCGUCACGUCCGAGGUGCACUGCCUGAACGUGGGCCUGAGCCGCGUCGCUCUCACCGCCUCCUCCUGCUUCUCCGCCCUGCGGCCGCGCCGCCGCAAGGCCCGGGCGCCCGUCCAGGACAACCCCGACGACGUCCUGUGAGGCGGCAGCCUCGCCUCGGACUCGAACCGCGGCUUCAGGAGCAACGGGCGGCGUGCACGAGGAGCGGGGAGCCUGGUGAGAACGGAGGUGGAGGAUUCAUACCUUGUGGCCCCUUCAUGAACUUUUGAGGCUUCGGGAGUUUUGCGUCCUCACUAACAGGCGGAAGCGCCCCUCAUGUUUGUAGGAGAUCUUUGACUUCGAGGUGAAGUCUCUUCUAAUGUGGACAGAAAUCAGUUCAUUCAUUUCAAAUCUAAAAACCAGAUUUCAUUCUUUAUUUUCUCCUCUUGUUUAUGGAUCCCAGCCGGUGAAGUCGGGUUCCAGCCGGUGAGAUGGUCAGGUGAAGUCAGGUGCCAGCUGGGAGGUAUUAGCAAACCAUGGGCGAGGCCCUCUAGUGGUGAAAAUAAACAGAGUCUUGAUUGUAACGUGAAGUUUUGGUUUCAGUGAAAACUCAAAACUAAACGUUCACAGGUUUCUUAGAAAGACGUGAAAAAAGACCUGAAGUCUGUUUUCACUUCACAAGCUUUUCCACAUCCACAACCUGACGAGACCCAGACUGGAACCCUGAGGAACUCCAGCAGAUUAGAAGCUCUUCCUGAACCUUCCUGCAGGCUGUUUUAAUUAAAGGUACUAAACCAGGCAGAGAAUCGUUAGCUCAGUGAUCGAGGGUGGAACUGGUGUGAUGAGACGUGGAAUCUGACUUCCUGCUGAUUCUUUUCACAGUAAAUGUCUAAUCUCAGCCUGCUGCUUUCACUCCGUUAACAUCUUAAAGUCCUGUGGUGCGUUCAAGGACACUGCGCUCUGAAACAUCGUGGUGCGUUCAAAGACACUCGAAACAUUGAAACUUUGUGUUGCGUUCAUGGACCCUCGGAGCUCCGAAUCUUCAUGAGGCGUUUUAGUGUGGCUGGUUUUUUUUCAGAAUUUCCUGGGUUUUGGGAGCGUCUCCAGUAAAUGUGGACGGGAGGAAUUAAUCUGUACAGAAUCCAAGAUUAACUCAAUAAAACUCUUCAGAUCGA